AUGGCCUUUAAGUUGUGGGACCGCUUCUCCCAGGCGGACAAUGUGUUCCAGGCUCUUCGGCCACUAACGUUUAUAUCCCUUCUGGGCCUGGCUCCAUUUCGAUUGAAUCUGAAUCCCCGGAAGGAGGUGCAAACAUCCACGUAUUCUUUCAUCGCCGGAAUAGUGCACUUCUUGUUGUUUGUCCUUUGCUUCGGAAUCUCCGUGAAGGAGGGAGAAUCCAUAAUUGGCUACUUCUUCCAAACGAAUAUCACCAGAUUGGGCGAUGGAACUCUACGCUUGACUGGCAUUUUGGCCAUGUCCACAAUUUUUGGCUUUGCCAUGUUCAAAAGACAAAGACUGGUCAGCAUUAUCCAGAACAACAUUGUGGUGGACGAGAUAUUUGUGAGACUGGGCAUGAAGUUGGACUACCGCAGGAUACUUAUAUCCAGCAUUCUCAUAUCCUUGGGAAUGCUGUUGUUCAAUGUCAUCUACUUGUGUGUGAGCUAUAGCUUAUUGGUCAGCGCCACCAUAUCGCCCUCGUUUGUGACUUUCACAACCUUCGCCCUGCCGCACAUCAAUAUCUCGCUGAUGGUCUUCAAGUUUCUUUGCACCACGGACUUGGCCAGGAGUCGGUUUAGUAUGUUGAACGAAAUCCUCCAGGACAUCCUAGAUGCCCACAUCGAACAAUAUACCGCCUUGGAACUUUCCCCCAUGCACUCGGUGGUUAAUCACGGACGCUAUUCCCAUCGCCUGAGAAAUUUGAUAAGCACACCGAUGAAGCGGUACAGUGUCACCUCGAUAAUACGCCUCAAUCCGGAGUAUGCAAUCAAACAGGUGUCCAACAUCCACAAUCUACUCUGCGACAUUUGCCAGACAAUCGAGGAGUACUUCACAUAUCCGCUACUUGGAAUCAUUGCCAUAUCCUUUCUAUUCAUACUUUUCGACGACUUCUACAUUUUGGAGGCCAUUUUGAAUCCUAAGCGAUUGGAUGUUUUUGAGGCCGAUGAGUUUUUUGCCUUUUUCCUAAUGCAACUUAUCUGGUAUAUAGUGAUUAUCGUGUUGAUUGUGGAGGCCAGCAGUCGCACCAUUUUGCACAGCAGCUAUACAGCCGCUAUAGUGCACAAGAUCCUGAAUAUCACCGAUGAUCCGGAGCUCAGGGAUCGACUUUUCAGACUGUCCUUGCAGUUAUCGCAUAGAAAAGUUCUCUUUACAGCCGCAGGACUUUUUCGUUUGGACCGCACGCUAAUAUUUACUAUUACUGGCGCUGCUACUUGCUACCUCAUUAUUCUUAUCCAGUUUCGCUUUACGCAUCACAUGGAUGAAACCCUUUCCAAUUCAACAAGCCAUCCUAAUUCAAUUCAUCUUGGCGAUUAA